UCUGAUGGCACGUGUCUGCAAUAGAACCCCGAACCCAAAGUGCUUCGUGCUGUUCGGUUUUGGGUUUACCCGACCGUUGUCGUCUCUGUCGCUCUGAAAAUCUGAUUUCUGGGUCUUGAAUAUUUGUCGAUUUUAAUUUCUGGGAAUCCUGUAGUUCACUGGUUGAACCCUCCAUGUAGCGAAAUCCUUGGGCUGUAUAGGUCCUGUUAUUUGUUGAGUUAGAGAUUUUUUUUUUAAUUAUAAUUUUCAGUUGAAAAUGGACCUUCUCAGGAGAUCAGCAAUGUCGCUUAGGAGCAGCAGAUGCAUUGGUUUCUUGGAAUGCCAAUAUGGGUUGUCGUCAUUUUUGGAGCGGAAGCCUAUAAAGCGUGUAUCUGAUGUGGGUUUGGCUUCUUUUUCAUCAUCCAUGGCUACGCGGAAAACUGCAAUUGGUAAUUCGACUAAAAGGUUGCUAGUUGCAUUUAAGUCAGAUUAUGGGAGACAACCUACUGCUGAUGCCAACCAUUGGUCUAUGGAGAUAUUCUGUCCUAACGGAAAUACUGUUCUUUGUGGAGGGCACCUUGGUAAGGAAUGCAUGGUUGGCCUUGGAUCACAAUUCCAACUCAUGAAAAUCCAUGGAGCAAGCACUAUUAAUGCUUGCUUUGCUAGAUCAUUUGCAUCAAGAGCUUCAAAGCAAACGGAGCAAAAAAAAUCCGAGGAACAGACUAGAAAAGAGGUAUCUACUGUUGAGGAUCCCUUCGAUGCUCCUACAUAUAAUAUUCCUGAGAAGCCUGUGACUUUUACGGAGGGGGCAUCCUACAGUAUUAUAAUUCUUGCAGGUCUUGGAGUUGCAGCUGCUGCAGCUUAUGCUGUUUUCAAGGAACUGAUAUUUGAACCAAAAGAGUACAAAAUUUUUAACAAGGCUCUGAAAAGGAUUCAAGAUGAUGCUCAGGUCAGAGUGAGGAUUGGAUCCCCUAUUACAGGUUAUGGUCAGGAAAGCCGAAAUCGUGCUGCUCGCCAACGUAUUCCCAAUAAGGUCUACACUGAUGAAGAUGGCGUGGAGCAUGUUCUGGUUAAUUUCUACAUUCGUGGGCCACAUGGAGCUGGCAAAGUUUCUGCAGAGAUGUUUAAAGACAAGGUGGACAAGCAAUGGAAAUAUACAUACCUGAUUGUGCAGAUUAUGCAACCUUCCCAAUCGCAACUGAUUCUAGAGUCUUAUAUGCCAGCCCCAGUACCAGUGCCUUCGUAAAACAUGUAUACAAGCAUUCCAAGCUUACAAAGGUUUCUUUGUGUACCAAGUUACAACACAGUAUAUCCAUGACUAAUUCCCACCAACAGUCAUGCAAAAUUUCUGAAUUUUUCUGUAUAGUAGAGAUUGUCUUAGCUUUCUUGAGUUCUAGCAUUUUGACCUUAGCUAUUGAAAAUAAAUUCACUUUGUGUUUGCGUAAGAAUUUUGGAACAUUGUGGAUUUUCCUUUGUUUAUUUGUCAUUGCAACAUUGUAGAACUUUGAAUCUCAAUGCACCCUAAAUUCAAUA